CCGUGGUGGUGCUUGUUUCCUCCUGCUGCAACCUCUCGCUCGCCGCGGGGCUGUUAGCGCCGGUCAGGUGGGGUGCCUUCUGUGUCCUUCAGCUCCACAGGCAGAGGUAUCUGAAGAAAUAUUCUCAAGAUGAACUUCUUCCUGGAAACACUCAAAGUCACUGGACUACUUGUCUAUUACUUGCUGGAGUCACUAGUGUUCUCAAUUGUGCCUAAACGGAAGAAGAGUGUUAGUGGUGAAAUAGUAUUAAUAACAGGAGCAGGAAGUGGCAUUGGGAGACUCUUAUCCUUAAAGUUUGCCAACCUUGGAGCCACAGUGGUUCUCUGGGACAUUAAUCAAGAGGGGCUUAAGGAGACAAGUAAACUGGUCAAAGAAAAUGGAGUGGUGAGAGUGCACUCCUAUGUCUGUGAUUGUAGCAACAGGCAGGAUGUCUACAGGGUAGCUGAUCAGGUUAAAAAAGAAGUUGGCGAUGUUAGCAUUGUAGUCAACAAUGCUGGUGUUGUAACUGGGAAGAGAUUUAUUGAUUCUCCAGAUUCACUUGUGGAAAAAACUAUGGAAGUGAACAUAAUGGCACACUUCUGGACUUACAAAGCCUUCCUCCCAGCAAUGAUAGCCUCUAACCACGGACACUUGGUUAGUAUUGCAAGUUCAGCGGGACUGACUGGAGUCAAUCUUCUUUCAGAUUACUGCGCAAGUAAAUUUGCAGCUGUUGGUUUUGCAGAGUCAGUUAAUCUAGAGAUGAGAAGACUGGGAAAGACUGGUGUUAAAACCACAAUUGUGUGCCCUUACUUCAUAAACACAGGGAUGUUUGAUGGCUGUAGCACUAAGUGGCCACAUGUGCUUCCCAAUCUGGAGCCUGAGUAUGUGGCUGAGAAGAUAAUCACCGCUGUUCGGCGGGACCAAGAAAUAUUGCUGCUACCGCGUGUUCUUUAUUUCUUUUUUGCUUUGAAAAACAUCCUACCAGUGAAAGCUUCUGUUCUCCUUAUGGAGUAUUUUGGAACCCUCCAUGUCAUGGAUAACUUCAAAGGUCGAGCAAAGAAGGACUGAAAAAGCACAAGAUUCAGAGACCAGCAGCUCUAAAGUGGACCUUGCUGAAGGUGGUGGUGGUAGGAAAGAACUGUUUCUCUAGCAGCUGUGAACUGAAGGAGCCUCACCUCUCAUUAGUAACAGGUUUUAAGAAAAUUGCUUUUUAGUUGGCUCUUAAUCAGUAGCUUUCACUCAAACUAUUCAUUUUUAAUCCAGUGAACUGUUUUCUUUUCACCUUAUUGUGAAAAUACAUUAACUGAAAUUAGUCCUUUCAGUUAUGUCUGCUGUAAUGCCUUAAACAUGAUCCUGCAUCACAGACUAAUACUUGGCACUUCUGUGGGAGAAGGGACUGAGAAACCACAUGUAUUUGGCAGGGAGCCAGGAAAGCCUCUUGUAGACCUGACUUCUCACUAUCAUUCACUGAAAUGUGAGGAGGGGCAGCACUGCUGGUGCUGUUGCCAUUCGCUGGUAAGCUGAGAAAUUCAAGAGCUUCCUGAAACAACAGAUUUGAAUUUAUACAAAUGGAAGCUUUGUGAAAUGAAAAUAUGUUCUGUGUUGGUGCAGAAACAGAAACAUAUAUCAAUUUUUGGAGGUGGUGAUCUUGGGACUCACAGAGGGAUUGCUGUGAAGUCCUAACAAGAAGAUGGUACAUGAAGUGGCAGAGCAUCUCAGUUGUGACAGCAUCGUGUCUGACAGCAUGAAGUACAAUGCAGCUCCUGCAAAGGAAUCCUUGGUUUCAUGACCAUUGUUUGAAACUUCAAAUAGUCUCUAAAAAAAAAUGACUGGGUUCCAAAUUUGACUGGGGUGGCUGCAUUGGUUUGACAGUUGCUGAUUCAAAGACAGUACAGAACAUGGUAUUUUGUCGCCUGUUGUUUCUUUUCCAUGUGAGUUCAUGUUCCUGUGGUACAGAAAUCUUACUAUCCUGUAAUGCUUCAAAGCACAGAGAAUGUAAUUUUUCUUGUCACUAACUUGAUCCUCUGAGUAAAACUGGGAAGGAAAACAACAACAAAAAAGUAGCAGCUGAGAUACAGGCUCUAUUAUUAUUUACUUUAUGGAUUUGGAAAUCAUACCCCAGAGCAAUAGGCAGCUGCUUGGAAACUGGUCUUCAUGGUGAUGUGAUCUCAUCUGAGGAAGGAGCCAAGCAGAUUCCUCUUUUCUGGUAACUUUCCUGGGGCAGUUGAUGCUCACCUGUGUGGACUGUGUGCCUCAGUAAGCAGCUGUCCAAAACCCUAAGCCUUCUAAAAUAAAUCUUUUAACAAAAUA